GCUUCUUCUUCGUGUCCUCCUCCGUGUAUAUAUAACAGCAGACCAAACGAGAAGCCGUCAGGCUCCCAUCACCUCCUCCACUCGUUGUUUUGCUGCAUCUCUCUGUUCUUUGCGAGAGCUUUCUUAGGGUAACACAAUGGCUAAUCCGGUGGUGAACGCAGAGUACCUCAAGGAGAUCGAGAAGGCCCGCAGAGACCUCCGAGCUCUCAUCUCCAGCAAGAACUGUGCUCCUAUCAUCCUCCGCCUCGCAUGGCAUGAUGCUGGUACUUAUGAUGUGAAAACAAAAACUGGUGGCCCUAAUGGUUCCAUAAGGUUUGAGGAAGAGUACUCUCAUGGUUCAAAUGCAGGACUUGAAAUAGCUAUUGAUCUUUUAGAGCCAGUGAAGGCCAAACAUCCAAAAAUCACAUAUGCAGACCUUUACCAGCUUGCUGGAGUAGUUGCUGUGGAGAUUACCGGUGGACCGACUGUUCCAUUUGCUCCAGGUAGAAAGGACUCAUCAGUUUGUCCAGAAGAAGGCCGUCUUCCAGAUGCAAACCAAGGUGUUUCGCAUUUGAGGGACGUCUUCUAUCGCAUGGGUUUGUCAGAUAAGGAUAUUGUGGCACUCUCCGGUGGCCACACACUGGGAAGAGCUCAUCGAGAGAGAUCAGGAUUUCAAGGCGCGUGGACAAAGGAUCCUCUCAAAUUCGACAACUCCUACUUUGCGGAAUUGGUGAAAGGGGAAAACGAGGGGCUCCUUCAGCUUCCGACAGAUAAGGCUCUGUUAGACGAUCCUGUCUUGAGAGACUACGUCGUGCUAUACGCCGUGGAUGAGGAUAAAUUCUUCGAAGAUUACGCAGAAUCACACAAGAAAUUAUCAGAGCUGGGCUUCACUCCACCUCGGACUUGCCUCACGAGGGGGAAGACAAGAAGCAUACUACAGCAAGGCGCACUUGGCGUUGCAGUUGCUGCUCUGCUGCUCGUUCUAAGCUACUUUUAUGAGAUCAACAGGAAAACCAAAUAAUCUACUAAGGUUUUAAGUUGGU